AUGCUCGCCCCUGUCCUACCCUCCGCUCGACAGCAGCUGGAAGAUCGCGCCCCAGAAACAACGGACUCCAGCCAGAUGCCACUUCGGGAUGCCCAUCGCUUGCUCCUGGGGGCAGCUGCCCUCUUCUUGCUGCUGGGGGGCUGCUCGGGCUCCUCGUCACACUCUGUGAGGUUUCAUUAUGCGCUGUGUGAUUCUGCUGAACAGCUACCCCAAUUCAUGGGUCUGGGGUACCUGGAUGACCAGAUCUUCAUACACUAUGAUAAGAAGAUAAGGCAGCCCAAGCCUGUAGUUUCAUGGAUGAAGAAGUUUGUGAAGGACGAUCCUGAGUACUGGAACAUGUACACUCAGCGUUGGUCUAAUCUGGAGGAGAUUCUGAGGCACUAUGUGGUGAUGGUUCAGAGAUAUGGCAACCAGAAUGAGAGUUUUCUCUCCUGGCAGGGAAUAACAGCCUGUGAGCUGAGGGAGGACGGUCAGAAAUUGGGGAAUAUCAGUUUUGUCUACAAUGGGAGGGACUUUAUGAGCUUCGACAAGGACACCCUCUCCUGGACUGUAACAGCCAAUGCUCCAGAGGUCAAGAGGAAGUGGGACACUUUCACAUCCAGUCCCCAGUAUCACAAGGAUUUACUGGAAGGGAAGUGCAUUGAAUGGCUAAAGAAAUUCAUAAAGUAUGCCAAGGAAUCUCUGCUGAGGAGAGAGCUCCCAGUGGUGAAGGUGCUGCGAAAGAUGGACUCCAAUGGCCUGGAGACUCUCAUCUGCCGGUCCUACGGCUUCUACCCCAGGGAGAUCCGUGUGACCUGGAAAAAAGACGGGGAGUUCCUGGAGCAGGAGACCCACUGUGGGGAAGUUGUCCCCAACUCAGAUGGGACCUACCACACCUGGACUGACAUCAAUAUUGACCCCAAGGACAGGGCCCGCUACCAGUGCCAUGUGGAACAUGUUGGUUUUCCAGAGCCUCACCUCUUCGCUUGGAAGGAACCUGCUUCAGUGGGCCCCAUUGUGGGGGGCAUCCUGAUGGCUGUGGCUGCUGUUGUCCUGCUGGUGGCUGGGAUCAUCUUCUACAUGAAGAAGCAGCAGGGAGGCUACAAAGCAACGUCAGCUGAGGGACCCUCCUCCUCCCACUGAAGUGACCCUUCAGCACCAGAAAUGUGGUGCAGUGGUGGUGCAGUGCUGCAGGGACACAGUCCUGGUACAUUUUCGCCUGCAGGGUCUCAGCAGGGACGCAGAGCACUGGACUUUCUACAUGGAAAUAAUGGGCUGGGUUUUCUACAUAGAAAUAAUGGACUGCUCUUGCUAUUCCAUGCAUUCCCGUGGCCAUUGGGAAGGAACCAGUGCAUUCCAGUGGGCAUUCCCUGUCAUUCAUUCUAGUACAUGCCCUGGAAUUGACCUGAUCCUUAACUUUUUGUAACAGAACCCCCCAAAUUAUUGUAUUUAUCUAUGCAAGGGGUGUGGCCAAUGGGAUGGGCGUAGCCAUGGGGCAUGACUGUCAGGGUGGGUGUGGCGAUGGGGGCUGACAUGGAGAGCACCUGUACUUCUGAAUACGCGACUGCAUCACUGCUGAUGGGUGUCUUUGUGAAGAGACGUUGGAUUGGCCCUGAAGGGGGAAAAGAGCAGCUUCCAGCAAUCUUCACCCCUCCCCUCCCCUUGCGGCAGGUUUGGGGACAGAAUGCCAGAGAUAGCCAGUCUGCUCCUCCCAUACGUGGAAUAUAUGUUUUCCUCUCUAGGGUAAACAGCAGCUUCAAAAGGAGUGUGUGGAGUAGGGUCAGCACCAAGCAGGCAUAAAAGACAAAUCUUGCUGGCUCCACAGCUGUGGAAUGAUCUCCCCAAAGAGAUCUGACAGGAUCCCUCUCUUUCCACUUAGAGGAGGACUUGGCCCCCUUUUAAAUCCAGACUAGAGGUUGGGAUGUAAUUGCGAAUAUGACGGAUAUUUAUACUGUAUACUGCUUUUUAACAAAAGGUCCCAAAGCAGUUUACAUAGAUAUAAAUCGAGAAAUCAAAAGGCACCCUGUCUUCACAGGGCUCACAAUCUAAAACAGAAACAUAAGAUAGACACCAGCAACAGCCACUAGAGGGAUGCUGUGCGGGGGAAGGAUAGGGCCAGUUGCUCUCCCCUUGCUAAAUAAAGAGAAUCACCACUUUUAAAAGGUGCCUCUUUGCUCAGUUAGUGGAGGACUGCUAACUGAUUCCCCCCCACCAAACACUAUUUGUUAUUACCAUUUUCAGGCUGUUAAGUUUUGUUUUUGCUAAAAUGUUCUGAUUUUUUGGUUGUUUUAUGAUUCCUAAUGUCUAAAUGUGUGCUUGCAUUUCAUAGAAAAGCAAGAUAGAAAAUAAAGAGAUGAAUAGAA